AUGUACAGCCUUCCCAGCCCGAUUGAUCGCGGCGUGGUCGAUGUCAAGCAAGAUGAAGCUGCAAUCGAAAGUACAACCAGCAGUAUGUUGAGAAAAGUACUAGGGAGCGCUGAAGUAAUGUUGCACAUGGAGCUAGCAUGGACUCUAGAAGUUAUGAACAACAUCAACCUUUUUUCAUCUCGUGGUGGUAGUGGUCCUUUCGAAUCUCGUGAUCCUUUCAGACGAACAUAUUUUUCUUGUUUCUUGGUCAUGGUUGUUUCUCUCACUAUUAAUUUGCGCAGUCUAAUUUCUGGAUUUAUUAUAUAUUAUAGGGAUAUACGUUAUCAAGUAUCAACAACAACAUCAUUAAGAUGAUCAAGAGGUGGCGGUCUUAUGAUGUGGUUUUGAUUUUUUCCGAGAUGAUAUUGAUUGAAAGAGAAAAGACCGCCGAGCAGUAGCUAGAUGAAGAAGAAAAGUCCCACGCGCUAAUUUGAGUGCAAGACGCGGCUACCAUCAUUGGUUUGUGCUCGUCAGUGAGCCUCUUCUGCCCGACACCGAAACUGAUGCGCAUGCCCAUGAUCUUCAGGGAGGACGAGCAGGCGGCUUUCGGCUAAGGGUGUUUCAGUCCGGGCUCUACAGUGCGACUCUAAUCACAGAGCCGAGUUCCAAUACCUUUUUGACGCCCGAGGAAUUUGAUCUGCUCUUGAAAGUAGGAGCCUCGUCGGAGCAUGGGGUGAGGCAUGAAGAUGAAGAAAG